CCUUUUACGCACACAUCCUGAAUCCUGCAACCGCCGGUUUUUUGACACGGAGCUGCGGCAGAGUUUCAGUGUUUGUGUUUUUGUAGACAGUCGUCAUGGCUGCGACUGAAGCUCCUUUGACGGCGUUUCCCACCCUAAAAGCAAUGGAUAAUCAGUUCCAGUUGGAGGAGUGCCGGAGUUGGAACGCCGCAGCAGUUUGCGCGGACAACCCCUGCAUCGAGGUGGAAUUUAGCAUCGUGCAGUCUCCUGCUUUACCCCCCAGAGAGGAAGACGAGCUGGGCAAGUUCCUGGACCUUGAGUUCAUCCUAUCAAACACUGUGGGCAGCAGCAGGGAGACCGGGAGGCUUUCUCCGGCGCAGCAGCUCCAGAGCGCGUAUUCCCUGCCCGAGUCUCCGGAGAGCUGCAGCGGCAGCUCCCUGCCAGACUGCAGCGAUCGUCCUUCCCCUCGUCUGCCCACGCAGGACUAUUGCAGCUCUGUGAACUUCACCGACUCCAACCCCGUCUGCAGCCUGAUGGCUGAGCUCCUGUCGCCUGAAAUGAUCGCCUACAGCAGCGAGAGCUCACAGGAUAAGGCUGGUGGAGAGACGCGCGACGGGCGCGAGUACACCGAGCUGCGCGCCUUAAACAGAGCUCCCAUUCCUCCACAGGUGGCGGCAUCUCCUUCCCAACUUGGAUACAAAAUUAAAACCGAGCCUGGGGUUCAGUCAUGCAUGGUAGCUGCGGGUGGGGGGAGCUACUUAGAGCAGGUGUACGACAAACACCAAAUGCGCUCUGCGCACCCAGCGGCUUUUACGCACCACCAGGCUGCGGCUCCAGGUGCGCUGCAGGGGUUCGGAGGCCUCCCCCCCCAGCAGCCCGCUCUUCACAGACGCACAGACUGCCACUUAGCGCCAAUCAACUCCACCCUCCACAGUGCCCAUCAGCCAAGCCAGUAUCUCAACGCGCCAUACCCCGCACAGUACCGAGGUUUGUCACAGUUCCAAGGACAGUACACCGUGCACGGACAGCCAAUGCACGAAAACCACCAUUCCAUGGCUAUGCAGGGGAUGAUCCUCACCCCUCCCUCCUCCCCAUCCUUGAUGGAGCUUUAUGCGCACGACGAGGGGUGCGUCAAGCAGAAGCGAGGCCGCAGGUCGUGGACCAGAAAACGCGCCGCCACGCACAACUGCGAGUUCCCUGGAUGCGGGAAAACAUACACAAAGAGUUCUCAUCUCAAGGCGCACAUGAGGACGCACACAGGUGAAAAGCCAUACCACUGUAACUGGGAGGGCUGCGGCUGGAAGUUUGCCAGAUCCGACGAGCUGACGCGUCACUUCAGGAAGCACACCGGACACAGACCCUUCCAGUGUCACCUGUGCGAGCGCGCCUUCUCCCGCUCUGACCACUUGGCUCUGCACAUGAAGAGGCACAUGUGAGGCCUCCCAAGCACACGCGGGUUCACGGACAGCAUCUUUGAAGAGCUCUGGACACUGGAUUGUGGAUGUAACGACGCAUUCCCUUAGAUGCCUUAAGCACUAGAAAAAAGAAAAUUGGUGUAUUUCAGGGGGAAACGCUGGAUUUUUCCAAAAGUGCCUAAAACUCAACAGAGAAAAGCUCCUCAUUGUUUUUUUGUAUAUUUCUGUGCAUAUGAACACUAAGUUAUAGUCGUUCAAUAUUUAAGAUAUGUUCUCACCUUUUUCUUAAUAAGUUAUUGAUUGCUGUGUGCCUUAACCAGACCGCUUGUUUGCUCACUGUGGGCAGGACCCAGACUGCUGUAUAAAACAGAAAUGUAUUUUUCUACAGUUUACAUCUUAAAUUGCCAAUGAAUAACUUAAAAACCUGCAACACAAUGUGGACAGACCAGAUCUUUUACAGGUUAUAACAAUUAUGUUCCCUUUUCAAGAAAUGUGGUUUUAAUGUGUUACUUGAAUAUGGAUUGUAAGCCAAUGUGUACAGUUUUCUUCAUGCGAUGAUGUCAUAAUUGCUCAAGGGCUCAAAAAUAAAAGUAAUUUUUCAUUUUAUAA